GGGGAGCAGUCGGACAGAGAGCACCGCCGCCACUCCGUGUGACCAGCGUGGAAAUGUGCCCAAGUUGUGGAAUUUAAAACCAUGGCGGGGAUAUCAACCCUCAGGAUCACUUAGACGCGGCUCCUACCUUGUGCCUCUUUGGAUGACGUUCCCGAUGACUGCUCACAACUCUGAAAACCGGACAGUGGACCAAUAGGAGUUUUGAUUCCCCUUCCCUGCUCCUUCUCCCUCCCUUAAGCUCUCCUUUCUUAUUCUUUAAUAGUGGAGGAGGCAAAGACCUAAAUCCUGACUUGGAUCUAGGUAGCAGAGAUUGUUCUCCUUCUCCUUCUUCCUUUCUCCUCCCCCACCCCCCAAGGCCUUGCCUCUGGGCACUUCAGAAAUGUGUCCUCUCUCUCGGACUUUAGCCUUCCCUGGCCAGGGGAACUUGCUCCUCCUGUUGGGGGUUAUACUCCUCAUGGUCCCGUCACUCUCUGGAGGUCAACCCCCAACCUUCAAACGCUUUGCCCCCCCUGACAGUUUUCUUACACAUCUGGCAAUCCACAACAAAACUGGAGAGGUCUAUGUGGGAGCCUUCAACUGGAUUUUUAAGCUGUCCAGCAACCUGACUAAACUGCGCAGCCACAUGACCGGGCCAGUGUUGGACAAUGAAAAAUGCUACCCUCCACCCAGUGUCCAGUCUUGUCCUUAUGACCUUGCCCAAACCCCCAACGUGAACAAGCUGCUUCUUAUAGACUAUGCCCAAAACCGCCUCAUCGCCUGCGGCAGCACCUCACAGGGCAUCUGUCAGUUUUUACGUCUAGAUGAUCUCUUUAAGCUCGGUGAGCCUCACCACCGUAAGGAACACUACCUCUCCAGUGUGGCAGAGUCGGGGACCAUGUCGGGAGUCAUCAUAAGCUCUCCCCAAAACCCUACUAGCAAGCUGUUUAUUGGAACCCCCAUUGAUGGAAAAUCGGAGUACUUCCCAACACUGUCCAGUCGCAAACUGAUGAAGAAUGAAGAAGAUGCAGACAUGUUCAGCUUUGUGUAUCAGGAUGAGUUUGUCUCCUCUCAGCUAAAAAUCCCCUCGGACACUCUAUCCAAGUUUCCUGCUUUUGACAUCUAUUAUGUGUACAGCUUCAGUAGUGAACAGUUCGUCUACUAUCUAACAAUGCAGCUAGACACCAAACUGACCUCAACCGACGGCAGUGGGGAGCAGUUCUUCACCUCCAAAAUUGUCCGCCUUUGCAUGGACGACCCCAAGUUUUACUCUUAUGUUGAGUUCCCCAUCGGAUGCACCAAAGACGGGAUAGAGUACCGCCUGCUGCAGGACGCUUUUCUGGCUCGACCAGGCCGGCAGCUUGCCAAUUCUUUGGGGAUUUCUGAGAAUGAAGACAUUCUCUUUACGGUUUUCUCUCAGGGUCAGAAAAAUCGGGAAAAGCCACCCAAAGAAUCUGCAAUGUGCCUGUUUACCCUGAGGAAGAUAAAGGAGAAGAUCAAAGAACGUAUUCAGUCCUGCUACAGAGGAGAAGGGAAGCUCUCUUUACCCUGGCUGCUUAAUAAGGAGCUCGAGUGCAUCAACUCGCCUCUACAGAUAGACGACAACUUCUGUGGUCAGGACUUCAACCAACCUCUUGGAGGAAUCAGCACCAUCGAGGGCACCCCUCUCUUCAUAGACAAGGAUGACGGCAUGACUUCUGUGGCUGCCUAUGACUACCAUGGCAACACAGUGGCGUUUGUUGGUACCCGCAACGGAAAACUAAAGAAGAUCCUGGUGAACUCUGUGAGCUCCAACCGCCCGGCCCUUCCGUAUGAGAACGUGACCGUCAGCGAAGGAGGGAGCCCUCUCCUCAGAGACCUGCUGUUCAGCCCUGACCUGCAGCACAUCUACACUCUGACUGACAGACAGGUGGUGAGGGUUCCAGUAGAGAGCUGCGAGCAGUACACCACUUGUGGGGAGUGUUUGGGCUCCAGAGACCCUCACUGUGGCUGGUGUGUUCUCCACAACAUAUGUUCUCGUAAGGACCGUUGUGAACGAGCAACCGAGCCCCAGAGGUUUGCAUCUGACCAGAGAGAGUGCGUGGAGCUUACAGUUCAGCCAAGAAAUAUAUCUGUCACCAUGUCUGAAGUUCAGCUGGUCCUCCAGGCUCGUAAUGUGCCCGAUCUGUCAGUGGGGGUUAACUGCUCCUUCGAGGACUACGUGGAGACAGAGGGACGAAUUCAGGGUGGACACAUCUAUUGCUUGUCUCCUUCUGCGAGGGACAUCGCCCCCAUCACCAGGAACAAAGGGGACAAGCGGGUGGUGAAGCUCUACCUUAAGUCCAAGGAGACGGGCAAAAAGUUUGCCAGCGUUGACUUUGUCUUCUACAACUGCAGUGUCCACCAAUCCUGCCUAUCCUGUGUGAAUGGCUCCUUCCCAUGCCAUUGGUGCAAGUACCGCCACAUGUGCACCCAGAAUGCCUAUGAUUGCUCUUUCCAGGAAGGACGUGUCAACCAUUCUGAGGAUUGUCCCCAGAUUCUGCCAUCAACCCAGAUUUACAUGCCGGUCGGAGUCACCAAACCGAUCACCUUGGCAGCCAGGAACCUUCCCCAACCUCAGUCCGGACAGAAGCCCUACGAGUGCGUCUUUGACAUUCAGGGUCAGACCUACAACGUGGCUGCACUGCGCUUCAACAGCACCUCCAUCCAGUGCCAGAAAAUGGCGUAUAAUUAUGACGGCAGUGAUAUCAGCGACCUUCCCGUGGAUCUGUCUGUGGUUUGGAAUGGAAACUUUGUCAUCGACAACCCCUACAACAUUAAAGCUCACCUGUAUAAAUGCUAUGCGCUAAGAGACAGCUGCGGGAUGUGUCUGAAGGCAAACGCCAGGUUCGAGUGUGGUUGGUGUGUAGGAGACAAGAAGUGCUCCCUCAGACAGGAGUGCACUACCCCCGAGAGCGUCUGGAUGCACGCUGCAGCUGGAAACGCCCGCUGUGCUCACCCAAAGAUCACAAAGCUUGUUCCAGAAACGGGGCCCAGACAGGGAGGCACUAUGCUGACUAUCACCGGUGAGAACCUGGGUCUGCAGUUUAAGGACAUCGAAAAUGGAGUGCGCAUCGGGAAGGUGGCAUGCAACCCUCAGCCGGACCAAUACAUCAGCGCUGAGCAGAUCGUGUGCCGACUGAAUGAUGCCACGGGUUACAGGGUGCAGGAUGCCCAGGUGGAGGUCUGCGUAAGGGACUGCAUCCACCCUGACUACAAAGCUGUUUCACCUAAAGCCUUCACCUUUGUGUCUCCAUAUUUUAACCGCGUUCACCCAUCCGCCGGCCCUCUGUCUGGAGGAACAAGGAUCACCAUUGAAGGCAGUCAUCUUAAUGCAGGCAGUGCCGUAGCUGUGAAGAUCGGCCUUCACCCAUGUACCUUUGAAAGGCGGACCAGCAAGGAGAUUGUGUGUGUAACACCGGCUGGACAGGCAACAGGCCCCACUCCAGUUAUGGUUGACAUCAACGCUGCAGAGCUGAGAAACCCUGAGGUCAAGUUCAACUACACGGACGAUCCCACCAUUCUCAAGAUCGAACCCGACUGGAGUAUCGCCAGCGGAGGCCUGUUGCUGACCAUAACUGGAACCAAUCUGGCCACCAUCAAAGAGCCCAAAAUGAGAGCCAAAUACGGAGCGGCACAGUCACAAAAUAACUGCACGGUUCUCAACAACACCGUCAUGAUUUGCCUGGCGCCCUCUGUGGCCAAAUCGGACCGAGGCUUCUCUGAGAUGGGAACCAGUCCUGACGAGAUCGGGUUCGUCAUGGACGGCGUGCGCUCCGUACUGGUGAUCAACGAGACCUUCAGCUACCACCCGGAUCCGGUCUUUGAGUCUCUGAGUCUCAGCGGCAUAUUGGAGCUGAAGCCCAGCUCACCACUCAUACUCAAGGGUCGUAACCUAAUUCCUGCAGCCCCAGGAAACACUAAGCUGAACUACACGGUGCUGAUCGGAGACACGCCCUGCGCCCUCACCCUGUCUGAGAGCCAGCUGCUGUGUGAAUUGCCUAACUUAACUGGGGAGCACAAAGUCACAGUCCGUGUCGGUGGCUUUGAGCAUUCACUCGGGACUCUGCAGAUCUACUCCGACACACUUCUCAGCACACCUGCCAUCAUCGGCAUUACACUAGGCGGCAGCCUGCUUCUGCUGGUCAUCAUUGCGGUUCUGAUCGCGUACAAGAGGAAGUCGAGGGACGCCGACCGCACCCUGAAGCGUUUGCAGAUGCAGAUGGACAAUCUGGAGUCGAGGGUGGCCCUGGAGUGCAAAGAAGCAUUUGCAGAGUUGCAGACAGACAUCCAUGAACUGACGCAGGAGCUGGACGGAGCAGGAAUCCCCUUCCUGGACUACCGCACGUACGCCAUGAGGGUCCUCUUUCCUGGGAUUGAGGACCAUCCUGUACUCAAGGAGAUGGAGGUACGGGUCCAAGCCAAUGUGGAGAAGGCCCUGACGUUGUUCGGCCAGCUACUGACCAAAAAGCACUUCUUGCUGACAUUCAUCCGCACGCUGGAAGCUCAGAGGUCCUUCUCCAUGCGAGAUAGAGGCAACGUUGCUUCUCUCAUCAUGACAGCCCUGCAGGGGGAGAUGGAGUACGCCACGGGUGUCCUCAAACAGCUCCUGUCUGACCUUAUCGACAAAAACCUGGAGAGCAAGAACCACCCCAAGCUGCUUCUCAGGCGGACGGAGUCUGUAGCUGAGAAGAUGCUCACCAACUGGUUCACCUUCCUGCUGUACAAGUUCCUCAAGGAAUGUGCUGGUGAGCCUCUCUUCAUGCUGUACUGCGCCAUGAAGCAGCAAAUGGAAAAAGGUCCCAUAGAUGCAAUCACAGGAGAAGCCCGCUAUUCUCUAAGCGAGGAUAAACUCAUCAGACAACAAAUUGACUACAAAACUUUGACGCUGCACUGUGUGAAUCCAGAGAACGAAAAUGCCCCCGAAGUCACAGUUAAGACCCUUAACUGUGACACAGUGACUCAGGUGAAGGAAAAACUGCUGGACGCUGUGUACAAGGGGACCCCCUACUCCCAGAGACCAAAAGCCUCAGAUAUGGAUCUUGAGUGGCGGCAGGGCAGGAUGGCGCGGAUCAUCCUUCAGGACGAGGACGUCACCACAAAGAUCGAUAACGACUGGAAGAGACUCAACACUCUAGCUCACUACCAGGUGACGGAUGGCUCAGUGAUCGCCCUGGUGCCCAAACAGAACUCGGCCUACAACAUCUCCAACUCCUCCACGUUCACCAAGUCCCUCAGCAGAUAUGGUACGAGAGAAGAGAGCAUGCUGAGGACAGCCAGCAGCCCAGACAGCUUGCGCUCCCGAACACCCAUGAUCACCCCUGAUCUGGAGAGCGGCACCAAGCUGUGGCAUCUAGUAAAGAACCACGACCACUCAGACCAAAGGGAGGGGGACCGGGGGAGCAAGAUGGUCUCAGAGAUCUACCUGACCAGACUGCUCGCCACUAAGGGUACCCUCCAGAAGUUUGUGGAUGAUUUGUUUGAAACCAUCUUCAGCACAGCUCACCGCGGCAGCGCCUUGCCCCUCGCCAUUAAAUACAUGUUUGACUUCCUGGAUGAGCAGGCGGACAAACACUCAAUAACAGACCCUGACGUACGGCACACCUGGAAGAGCAACUGCCUUCCGCUGAGGUUCUGGGUGAAUGUAAUAAAGAACCCACAGUUUGUCUUUGACAUCCACAAGAACAGCAUCACAGAUGCCUGCCUGUCUGUGGUGGCUCAGACUUUCAUGGACUCGUGUUCAACAUCGGAGCACAAACUGGGAAAGGAUUCUCCUUCUAACAAGCUGCUGUACGCUAAAGACAUCCCCAACUAUAAGAACUGGGUUGAAAGGUACUAUUCGGACAUCUCCAGGAUGCCUGCCAUCAGUGACCAGGACAUGAGUGCCUACCUGGCGGAGCAGUCCCGGCUGCAUGCCAACCAGUUUAACAGCAUGUCAGCUCUACACGAGAUCUACUCCUAUAUAGUCAAGUACAAAGAUGAGAUCUUGUCAGCUUUGGAGCGGGACGAGCAGGCGAGGAGACAGAGACUGAGGAGCAAGCUGGAGCAGGUCAUCGACACAAUGGCCCUGGCCAGCUGAGGACAAUCCACCUGCUCCCUCUCCUCACUGCUCUCCUCAUCUGUUGCUCUGUCUCCCUCGCUCCUCUCAGACAACAAACAAACAAACAGACAGAAAAAGGUCCAACCCCCAGAAACACGGACUGCUAAAGUACCGCGGCAGUAUACUCCAGACUUGGGGUGGGGUUCGGCGGAGAUGGGCGGGGCCUGUGUACGCUUACAUGUGUAUGUUUGUGUUCGUCUGCAGCCCCGGCGCAGCGUCUGGGCUUUUGUCUGUGUGAGAGACUCGGACUCCGGACAUUUUUCACACCUGCGUCAAAUGGAGAACAAGUCCCCCGAUAGCGUGUGAUUAUCGUGGAUGUUGGUGUUUGUGAUUUGCCUGAGUUUUGUUUUUCUUUUUCUGGGGGUAUUUUAGAAGAAGAUGUCCUUAUGACACUGAUGAUGAUCAGGAAAAAGCUCAGACACUCCAAACAUGGCGUCACCAACAGAGUGGACCAAUCUAUUAGAGCCAAUGGAGACCGGCUCUGAAGGUCAUGUGAUUCGUCACGCUUUUCUUUUUCUUUUUUUUUUUUUUUUGUAUAAAUGUAAUCAACUGCCCACUCUCUGAUCUCUCGCCACUUGUAUUACUGCUGAAUUUGCACAAUUUACAGAAACGUUACAAAGCAAGACUAUAUAGAUAUUAUAUAUAGAUACAGUUUUUAAAGAAAGAUUAGAGAGGAAAACAUUUUUGUUGUUUCUUUUUUUUGUUGAAUCCGGUACAAUUUAAAAACAAAACAGUGAGACAUGAUUUGAUAUUUCAAGUACAAAAGAAAUGACUCCAAGUAGGCAGAAAAUGAAUGAAAAUCUAAAUAAAAAAAUUGUACUGUGCCAUGUUUUCUUUGAAUGUUGUUAAGUGCAAAGACAUUUUGUUAGAUGGAAUGUGAUACAGUCUGUUUUUCUUUUUAUAUGAACAUUGCCUAGUGACUGAAAAGAGCUGAUUGGGAUCAUUGUUGAACGUGGAAGUAAAUAUAGCGGCGGACAAAAACUUCAUUAAAAUGCUGUUUUGAUUCAGACGGUUUUAUAAAGCCAAAUAUGAGGCCAUUGUUACUUUGCUGUUAGCUUCUAGCUCCUCAGCUGCUCCUCCAGGAUCGAGAAAAGAUACCUGAUCUUUUUCUUUUAGCGACUCAACAAUGAAGUAGCAACAUUGCACUACCUAAAACAUUUAGCUGUAGUUUCCCCAAUGUUUCCACCAUGCGGUUGAACUGGUCACUAAUGAAUAAAUGUUUAACUGUUUUCAGUAAUGGGAGAAAAAAAAAGUGUAUACAUAAUUAGGAUUCAUCAGAGUAAUAGUUUUCAAGUGUUUAUU